AUGGAAAGGAACCUGGAAGGCCAGCAUACGGCUGCAACCCGUGAACGCUUCAUGAUGUGCGUCAACUCGUUUGUGGCGCGGCGUGAUGCCUUGCCAGAGAGCAUGUUGGUGGCUGACCCAGAUUUGCCCGCAUUUACAUGGCUUCCCCUGACUACCUUGCAAGCUGCCAUUUUCAAGCGGGAAGGCGUUGUCAACAACCCGGAAUACUUCGCCAACUCCGUGGCUAAAUCGCAGGAUGCUGACCAAGAAGGCUACCCCAUCGCCUUUCCCGAUGGGGUCCCUUCACGGAUUCGCUACAAGGUGCAAACCGAUGACAGAGGACAAAACCUGGGAAUGCAGACUGAGUUCCGUAUUUCGGGCCGAUGGCAUAUGAAGGAUCCCACUGACCGCAUCCAGUUGGGGCAAAAAGGGUCACCGAGCAUUUCCGAUCUCGGCCGCACUCGGGUGCUUGCAAUGGAAGAGGCGCUGCAUGCUGGGGCUGCAGCGCAUCAUGGACAAAUGUCUGCCGCCAUUGCUGCGCUGGCGCUGGCCAGUGGCUCUGGCUCUUUCGAUGCUGCUGGCAACCUUAUGGUGACUGCUGAGCAUGUGCAGGAGAGGCCAGCUGAUAGCGACAGUGAUCCAGAAUGCAUUGCCAAGCCAGUGCACGGCUUUGGUUCCUUUGCCGCGCCUGCUGCUACCCAGCCAUGUCCAGCCCUUCACACAGACGAGGCGAGCGUGCCCGUCGCAGAGGCAGCGGUUGAAGAGCCCGACCAUCAACCUGUACCUGUCCCUUUGGCGGAAACGGAGCCUGAAGAUGAGCGGGCAGAAGAUGUUUCGGAGGCGGCUUUGACGUUUGACCAACUCUUGCCAGAAGAACAGUUCUUCCAACGAGGCCUGGGUGAAGGAGACGCGAUGAUCUUUGAUGAUGGCAAGUUCAAAGACCAAGCCCUCCUCCGGAAAGUUUUGUUGAGCGGGCAGAGCGAGCUCAAGCUCAGUCGUGUUGUCGACCUGUACCACCAUGUUGACUCAACCGAUGCCAAACGUCGGAAAGUCCGACCUAGGCUCGCCCAGGUGAAGGAAGUUUGGGGCGCUGCUUCUCGCCGCUUUCCUCGCCUCGGGUGCUGCAGGCCCUGCGCCAGCAACGCCACCGACAGGAUGACGUGGAACAUGGUUCUUAGCCGCAUUGUGAAGGUGAGGCAGCAGCUUGCUGCAGCUUGGGCGCGGGAGAUUCUAUGGCGAAGAGCAGGCGAAGCUGGUGACCGAGAAGACAUGCUGGCGCUGGACGGGAAUGCAAAGCUGCGUAGGAGAACUUGCGGCAUGCCUUUCGCUGAGCUUGUGGAGUCCACGCGCGUGGACAAAUUCCUUCUUCGUGGCUGUAGUUGCAAGCCCCACGGACGCGAUGAGAGAGCGACGGAUCGAGAGCAGAAAGCAGAAGUGCUGGGCCGGUAUGCGACCUGGACUUCGUCGGCGGAAGACCUUUCAGGCUUCAUGGAGUUCUGCGCGGCCAAGGCAAGAGAGCGCGUGCAAGACGCACAAGGAGACAGGCGCAGCAGCUGCUGCCAGAACCGCCGGGACCUCACACUAUGGUCAGUGGACCCCAUCACGCGCCCCCUUUGCGAAGGACUUGUUGCGGAUGUGCACGAGCGCAAUGGAGCAGAGAGUCUUUCGCAGCGUUAUCACUUCUGCUCGACGCUGCUGCACCGAAUCCCUCAAACCCUGACGAUAGUCCAUGAUGACGGUUGGCGCUUGAAACUAAUGCGCCGGGACCAGAGGCAGUCGUCUACGUCAGAUGUGGCCUGUCGCUUGGCCCAGACGAACUUCAUAGUGGAUCGUUUCCACGCUGCGGCUCACACUGUGCGAUAUUGCAGCCAGCAUUGCCUUCCAUCGCUGCCUCGGAAUGAAGAAAUUCAGGCAGACUUCCCCACUGAUGCUGCGGAAACU